CAAGGGCCAACCCCACGAAUUGCGCUAGGCCCACCUUCCAGCAUCACAGCACACCUCCGUCCUCCGCAUCACCGCCCUCGAUAGCUGCCCGCCCGACCAAGCCAACCCGCCUACCAGAAGCUGAACCACCAACAUGCUUCUUCUCGACUACCAAAACGUGCUUAUCGAGUCCCUACUCAGGGAACGAAUCAAUGGAGGAGCUACCGCCAACAUUGACCAGGUCGUCUCCGACUUUGACGGCGUCACCUUCCACAUCUCGACACCGGAGAGCAAGACAAAGAUACUAGUGUCGUUGCACAUCAAGUGCUUCAAGGAGCUGGUCCAGUAUGGCGCGCAGGCAGUGCUGGAGCGAGAGUAUGGGCCUUACAUCGUGGAGCCCGAGUCUGGCUACGACUUCUCGGUGCUGGUCGACUUGGAGAACCUACCGGAAGAGCAGGAGGCCAAAGAAGACCUGGUCCGACGUGUGUCCCUCCUAAAGCGGAACGCCAUGGCUGCACCCUUCGAGCAGGCCUUUGACGAAUUCCAUGAAUUGCAGGAAGAAGCUUCCAAAUACACAUCUGAGUCGGCGCCGCAGGGUGUAGCAGAAGGAGGUGCCGUGCGCGCGAUCCACUACAGAGAGGAGGAGGCCAUCUACAUCAAGGCCAGCCACGACCGUGUCACUGUCAUCUUCUCCACUGUGUUCCGGGAAGAGACAGACAGGAUAUUCGGAAAGGUGUUCCUCCAGGAGUUCGUCGACGCCAGACGGAGAGCUAUUCAGAACGCACCACAAGUACUCUUCAGGAACGACCCACCCCUAGAGCUGCAAGGUAUCCCAGGAGUCGACAACUCUGGCUCAGCUGAGAUCGGCUACAUCACAUUUGUGCUCUUCCCUCGCCAUCUUGCCAAGCAACGGCGCGAGGAUGUUAUCUCGCAUAUCCAAACCUUCCGAGACUACUUUCACUACCACAUCAAGGCUUCAAAGGCCUUCAUCCACACAAGGAUGCGCAAGCGGACUGCAGACUUCCUCCAAGUUCUUCGCAGAGCCCGACCCGAGGCAGAGGAGAAGGAGCGCAAGACAGCCAGCGGUCGUACUUUCAAGGUUCAAGCAUAGACAAGGUCAAGCAGUUGUUUCCAAACAUGACGUGCGUGGGUCUAGUCAUUCGAAGAGAGUCAUUUGUGUCCGGCGUGAGGUCUAGUAUCGCUGAGUGCAGACCAUGUAGACAGCGAUUGAAACCUGCCUUAAAUGCAGGCAAGAGCAAACCAUUCAUCAUAUCUUCACC